ACAGAAACCAUUUCGACUUCAUGAUGGUGUUUCCCCAGCAAAACCCAUGGUGGUGAUACGAGUGAUAUAUCUGGAGGUGUAGAGAGGGAUGUCAUGGAUAGACAACAGAAAGCGCCAAUUGUGGGGUCUCCUGGCAUAAUUGUGGAUGAGGCACCAAGACAGAUAGUGAGAGUGCCUGGACUGUCACACCAAGCUGUAACAAGAGUUGAGCCCGAAAGCACCAGGGGUUCUGACAAUGCCACAUGGUCAGAUGGACGACAGCAGGAAGGAUAUUUUGAUUGCAGCAAGUAUGGCAGCAGCGGAGGAUCCGGAAGAGUGGUUGGGAGGGUGGGUCGAGAAAGAGGGCGAGGUGGAAGUUCAUGUGGCAUUGGUUACACGAGUAUGGGUGUUAGAGCUGGCGGGGUUGGAAGGGUAACUAGUGCAACAAACAGUGCUGCACGGAAGGUGGUGAUUGGGAGAACAGGCACAUCUGGCUCGGUAGCUGGUGGGGCCCCAAGUGCACCAGCAACAUCCGGUGGCGGAGAAGGGGUGUCAAGUGAAGGGGCUGCUGUGAUCCCACUGUCAGGGCUUGUUGAGGAGCCCCAGAUGUCGACAUCUUCAGAUCCAGGCCAUAAGCCACAGCGACAUCAAACAAUGACCAAGACACAAGCAUUAGGGACAACACAAGUGCAGAUGUCAUCCACACAACUGCAGUUGCGACCACAAGUGUCCUCGGCAGCACAAUCAGAGGAAACUCAACAGCCAUCUAAGAAGGCCAUUGUGUCCCAAUUGAACCCAACUGUACAGGUGUUUCUCCCUCAAAGCUACAGGCUGGCGCAGGCCCAGGCCCAGGCACAGGCACAACAACAAACUGCAAUUGCAGCUCCGCAGGUUAGAGGACCACAGCAGGCAGCAAAACCAGGGGGUCAACAGCCAGCACUGGUGGCAUCUGUACCAACGGCAGGUGAGCAAUGUCAAUUGCCACAGAAGACAAGUUCGGGCGUGUUAGGAGUUACUGGGCCAGGUAACAACACACGUUUCAGGACUGCUGGUUCUGGGCGAGGAGGGUCGAGUGGGACUCGUAGUGGUGGCAGUGCUGGGUAUCAGGUGCCUGGAGGAGUGGGCUCAGUAGCCAGUUUGGGUGUCACAGGGAACUCGUAUACAUAUUCAGCUGGGGGUGCAACUGCAGUGCCGGGUGGACCAGCUGUGCACAUUGACCGCGCUUACGGCCCAGUUGCAAUCCCCUAUGGUCAGUCACAGGGAGGGUUGGCAGUUCCUGCUAUGAGUGUGGCUGUUACCUCAUCAUAUCCCAAUCAAGCUCAGUAUGCAUAUCCAAACAGUGAGGUCACAUGGGUUCCUGUCAUUACGCCUGGUGGGGCUGUUGCAGGUGGAUACGGUGCACCCUUUCUACCCCUGGAGCCACCAGGUGCAAUCUACUUCGCUCCACCAGCUGUUGAUUCUGUUCAGGUUGGAUCAGGACGGGCGGGGUCUGAUCUGGUGUUACAGCCACCAAUGGGGAAGGCUGUGAAUAUGCAUGGCGGGUGAGUCAGGCAACUACUUUCAAACCGAAUGUGAGCCACAAUCUGCACCUCCCACCCAUCUAUUCCCCCUAUCCCCUCGGCUUCCGGCUAACUCCUGUGCACCAAUCUA